CUUUUCUUUUUCUUGUCUGCAGUAUUUUUCUAAUAAAGAUUUUAGUUGUCCUUUUCUUUGAAGAAAUAUCAGACUAAACAGCAAAAUCUAUGUUCCCAAAUUUUUAUUUUUUCAACAUAAAUUAAAGUCUUCAACUAUUAAUUAAGCAAGCAAGCCAUCCCAUGUUUCAGUCCAAUAGUAAGGCUUUGACUAAAAACUAAUCUCUCCUCAAUAUAAUAUGUAAGGCCUAUUACAUUCUCAAAGUGGUAAGGAACACUAAAGAGGAGAUUAAAAAUGGAGGUGGAGAAGAUGAUUUCUUCAGGUAACAAUGAAGAAGAAGAAGUUUUGCUUCCUGGUUUUCGAUUUCAUCCUACUGAUGAAGAGCUUGUGGGGUUUUAUCUUAAAAGGAAGGUGGAGAUGAAACUCUUUAGUGUUGACAUAAUCAAACAUGUUGAUAUCUACAAAUAUGAUCCUUGGGAUCUUCCAAAAGUUAGCAAAAUUAGCACUGUUACAGAGAAGGUAUGGUACUUCUUUUGUAGGAGAGGAAGAAAAUAUAGGAAUAGCAUAAGGCCAAACAGGGUUACAGGGUCAGGAUUCUGGAAAGCUACUGGUAUCGACAAGCCAAUAAAUUCUGUUGAAGGAUUUCAGGAUUGCAUAGGCCUAAAGAAAUCCUUGGUCUAUUACCGGGGAAGUGCAGGGAAAGGCACCAAAACUGAUUGGAUGAUGCAUGAGUUUCGCCUUCCAGCUGGUCAAAAUCCCAGUCUCUCAAAUACUGAGAAGGACAACUUGCCAGAAGCUGAAGUUUGGACACUUUGCAGAAUCUUUAAGCGCGAUGUUUCAUGCAGAAAGUAUGCAUCAGAUUGGCAAAAUAAGAAGAACAAUAAUCCUUCCAAACAAAAUACUACUGCUACCAGCUCCAGAACAUGCAGUGUAGAGUCGGACAACAGCGUCAAGGUUGAGAGUUUUGGAGUUUUAGAUGAGAAAGAGAUUGAAAGGAAGCUUGUCAAUGAUCAUUUCCUUGGAAGGAACCAGUUCUUUGCGGGAACAACUCAAGUUCUUCCAUCAUAUUUAAGCUUUUCUAACCCAAACGGAGAUGAAUACUUUGGACAACAGAACUGGGAUGAGCUUAGGCCAGUAGUUGACUACACCUUAGAUACAUCUCUGCUGUACAAUGAUUGGUAGAUCUCUCUGACAAAUAUAUACCAAUAAAUUUUUAGUUAGAUGCUCUUGCUUUUUAAUGUAAUAAAACUAGAUGAAGACUAUAAUCACACACAAUAAUGUCAAGGAGUUGAUGGAUCUUUUUUUGUUUUUUAAUGCAUUGGAAUCAGUAGUAAAUUAUUGUGUUUAGGAUUAAAAACUACCAAUCUGCUUGGAGUUACUCCCAAAGGUGGAGCAGCUGUUGGAGUUGCUAGCUACUACAGUUGUCUCAUCCUCUGAUAUUCUUUGCCCCCUUUUUUUUUUUUGGCUUUUUUUUUUCUUUGGCUGUAAUAGUACUAUACUCUUCUUUGUUGAAAUUGUGAAGCUAAUAGAAAUUUAAAUGCAAUUGUCAGAAGGAAGGUUUUUCUUUUGUCAACAUAAAGCAGUGGUGUCAUUUGGAAUGACAGCUUGUCUGCUUUUCCAUUUUCCCAGCAUUGACUCCAUUUAGUCAUGAAAGUCAUCUUCCAACAAUAAUCUCUUUUCUUUCUUCCACGAACCAGAAAAACAUUGCUAAAUUUCUUAACUUAUAAGGAAAAUAUAUGAAAAAGCCAUCAAAUUUUCUCCAACUAUGCAUUAAUCGAAGUCAUUGAAACUCG